AUGCAACAACCAGGAGGCCUCAAUUUUUCCAACACUUUUCCUCCACUCAGUAAUGAACCUAUCAUUAAUAUCUACGAUUGUCAAGAAGGUUGCUCACGUUGCUGUGGACCGAGAACAACAAUUGCAUUAACCAAAAAUCGAUUGAUUAUGCGACAGACGCAACCAUCUUGUGGUUGCUGUACAGGCGCUCAUGCUGAUACCAGCAUCUUUUUGCAAGAUAUCCAAGUUUUGCGUGAAGCAGGGCCAAAACAAGGUGGCAAUGGUUUGGCAUUAUUGAUAGCCUGUAUUACAUGUACAUGGCCUUGCCUUUUGCUAGGUACAUGUUGUGUUUCAUGUUGUGGUGACAGGCCAAAAAUUCUCCAAGUAGCACUAGCAUCAGGCAACGAGGGUCUUACUUUCAACUACCUACAGGUGCCAGCAGCAGCUAUUGAAAUAACACAAGCUAUUCAAAAAGCAAAAGUCAAGCAAGAUCGUCAUUAA